ACAUAACAUACAUAUGGUUGAUUUAUCAUCAUCAACUUAUAUAGCAAAUGCCAUCUCCAUUCUCUUCCUAUAAAUGCAGUCCCACAUUCUCUGCACAACUCCCCCCUCAUUCUCUACGAUUUCAACUCAGAAACCGCUCUCUAACUCACAAUGGCUAAGAAGAAAAACAACAACAACGACAACAACAACAACAACAACAGCAACGUAGUAGAGAAGAAAGAGGGAGGAGAAAACAAGAAAGGUGGUGAUGGGGGAGGAAAAAAACAAGAAAAUAAGCCAAUCCCGGUGGUUUUGAAAGUCGAAAUGCAUUGCGAAGGCUGUGUUUCUACGAUCCUCAAACAUGCUCGCGCUUUUGAAGGCGUGGAGUCAGUGGAAGCAGAGGCAACUUCAAACAAGCUUACUGUUAUAGGGAAGGUGGAUCCCUUGAAAAUCCGAGACUAUCUCCACUAUAAAACCAAGAAGAAAGUCGAACUCAUCUCUCCACAACCCCAAAAACAGGACACAACCACCGCCAACAAAAACAACAAAGAAGACAAGAAGUCCAACGACAAAAAACCGGACUCUGAUGCCAAGCCAAAAGAGGCUCCGGUGAUAACGGCGGUACUCAAGCUGGGACUUCACUGCCAGGGUUGCAUCGAGAAGAUUGACAAGAUAGUCUCCAAAACCAAGGGUGUGCAUGAGACAGUAAUUGACAAGCAGAAGGAAUUGGUGACGGUCAAAGGUACAAUGGAUGUGAAGGCUUUGACCGAGACCUUGAAGUCCAGGCUUAAGAGGCCAGUGGACAUUGUGCCACCUAAGAAGGAGAAGGAAGGUGGCAAGGAUGGGGAAAACGUCGCGGGAGGCGGUGGUGGGAAGAAGAAAGGUGGCGGUGGAAAUGGUGGGCAAGAUGGUGGUGGUGGUGGUGCUGCUGCUGCUGCUGCUCCUGCUGCAAAAAUGGAAGAGAAUCGGAUGGAGUACAUGGUGCAACCUGGGUUUGGGUCUGGAUAUGGGUACGUGGGUCAGCCAAUCCAUGGAAAUGGGUAUGUGGUUCAGCCAAUCCAUGGAAAUGGGUAUGUGGGUCACCCUGUUUAUGCUCCAUAUGGACCGGGCUACGGGUAUGGGUAUGGAUAUGGGUACGGACCGGUUCAGGGUUACCCGGAUCAUUUGCGGUUCAACGAUGAGAACCCGAAUGCCUGCUCUAUAAUGUGAGGUCAAGGUGUUUUAGAGCAGUCAUUAGCUAAAGAUAAAAAAAAAAGGGUGAAUGUAAAUAAUGAAUAGAACAAGUAGGGAGGGGGAUUUUGGGUUGAUGGGUGGUGACAGAUGUCAAUUACUAUCUUGGGAUGCGUGGAGGGUUUCGAUCCUGUAAUAUUGUAAGGUUUUGGAUGAAUGUUGGGACAUUAGUUAAUUUUGAGGUUUAAUUUUAUGACUGCUA